CGCUUAGUACGGACUUAGACUGCUCUAAGUGGCGGUCGUGUACGCCGGUGUCCGACCACGACGACGUCGACGUCGUCGUUUUAGAACGCGUGACAGAGAGAUAGCUAGACUUUAACGAGAGUUUCCAGCUGCCGUUGCUGAACUGUGGAACACUCUCGUACUCUCACGUCGCCUACGCCUCCUUGCGUAAACCGGAUGCUCGUCACUGCCGCGUUUAUACGAAUUCGGUAGCCGUGGCGAAUUUCCUCGAGCGUAGUGUGCAUAUUCGAACGAGAUCUAACUGUGUCAAGUGACAACGAUUGUGACAGUGACACCGAAGUGCGCGUGACUGCGUGCCAUGCCAGUAUUGUGCCGAUAGAAAAGACACGGUGAAUCGAAUUGAUCGUUAAACGUCGAGGCAUACGCGUUUAUUUUGCUUCUAUGACACAGUGAGAGGCACGUGUGGUGCUAGAGCGUGACUGUUUCCCGCGAAAACGUUGUAGUACGAUCGGGUAACAUUCUUGCCCCGGUUGUCGCGUGAUAUUUCAAAACAAGCAAACUCGCGUGUGCGCCCUCGUGCUUGUCGGCGGUACUGUGAAUCCCGCGAGAGGGAGAUACAGAAGAGAGAGGGAGUACGAGGAUCCCGCAUGCAAGUAGAAAAAGCGAAACACAGGGAUAAAGAAAGAGACAGAACGACGAGACGAAUUGGUGAAGAGAGAGCAGUCACGUAUUUACUCUUCUACGGUGGUACGAAGCUAACCUAAAAACCGAUACUCGGUCCGUUUUGUGCGUAUACCAUCGAUGGGCAUGAUACAUCUGCGCAUGCGCAGAAGAAAUUGUGUGUACCUCGUGCGCGAAUUUCGAUUAUCGUGCCCGUCGCAUGUGUACGGUGUCGACGAAUUGCGCGGUAAACAAGAAACACCGACUGAACGUGUGCUGUGACAAGUGUUUCUGGAAAGGUUCGUGCGAGAAUUACGUGCAACCGCGGUUUCUAACGAGUGUGCAGAGUGGAAUCGUUCCCUUUUCUUCCUUUCUCCAUUUCUCUUUCGUGUUCGUGCCUUGUUCGUGUUUCAUAAAACGUCCCGUGUCGCGUUCGGUAACGUUACAAUAUACGUGUAAGUCGAGAGAGGAGGAGAGCCGACGAAAAAUCUGCCGGAAAGAAAAACGUCACAUUGGAGGGGAUUAAGAUUAAAAAUAAUCAUACUGUGGAUUGUGCCGGGGCGAAUGUAUGACGGAUCAUGGUUUCUGCGUCCGGCCCUACAGGGAUCCUAGCGGGACGCCCUUCUGGUUCUCAGUGCCUUCAAGGUUCGCAAUCGUCGCAGAAUGGAUGUGCUACGAAAAAUCACAGCGAGAAGAAUGCCAAGACCGUGGAGAACGCGAAACAACGACACGAGUCGGAUCUUUAUAUCAGGCCAAGCUGGACCGAUGCGGCGAUAGCGUUAGAUCAGCUCGAGAAGGGCAAAGCGGAAGGUCAGAGAUCUGCGGUUUGGAUCAGGGCAAGGCUGCAGGAUCAGCUGAGUCAGCUGGGCUACUUCCUGCAGAGGCGCGCAGGCAAGGUCCUCUUUCUCGCGAUCAUCGCUUUGGCUAUGUUCUGUGUCGCUCUCAAGACCGCUCAAGUUCACAGCAAGGUCGAACAGCUCUGGGUUCAAGAAGGCGGAAGGUUGCAAAAAGAGUUGACCUACACCUCGGAAGCACUGGGCGAAGCAGCCGCCUCGACGCAUCAGCUGGUGAUUCAAACGCCAAGGCAUCCCGGGGCGAAUAUCUUGCACCCUGCCGCACUCAAGGAACACUUAGAAAUCCUGAAGGCGGCCACGCAGGUCACCGUACACCUGUUCGACACCGAGUGGAGGCUGAAAGACAUGUGUUACGCGCUGAACAUACCCAACUUCGACAUGCACUACAUCGACCAGAUCUUCGAUAGAAUUAUACCAUGCGCCAUCAUUACACCCCUCGACUGUUUCUGGGAAGGUAGCAAGCUCUUAGGACCGGACUCUCCUGUGUAUAUACCCGGCACGCAGAUGCACAAGCCAGUGCACUGGACGAAUCUCAAUCCAUUGUGGAUGCUGGACGAGAUGAAGAAACUGCAGUUCAUGUUUCCCUUCAAAACUCUGGAGGACUACAUGAAGAGGGCCGGGAUAACGAACGGCUACCAAAGCAAGCCCUGCCUCGACCCAGCGGACCCUGAGUGUCCGGAAACCGCGCCCAACAAAAAAUCCCAGCAGGUCAGCCGUAAACUGCGAUGAUUAGCAGAAGUAAAAUCGCUGGCAACAGUAGUAGAAUGGUGUUUGACGACUCUGAUGAGGCGAAAUAGGGGUGAAAACAUGGCUUGGCGAGAUAGGCUUUUUUUUCUUCGAUUAGACGCUCGUCUCAGGAACAGGCUUUUUUUAACUUGGUUUUAGAGAGAAUUUUUAUUGUCUUUGAUACACUUGUGACAUGAUAACAUCUUAUAUAUUAGGUGCUUUUCUUGGUAUAUGAACAGAGUAUCGGGUUAAAUGGUAUUUCUGCGCAUCGUUUAGAUAUAAUUACUUGCCUUUUCUCAGUUUUAACAUAAACAUUACCAAAUGGCCGGUUUCAAUGUUUAAUGUAAUUGUACAUUUACUGUUAUUUCCUUUAUUCAUCUAAUUUUAUGUAAGUUCUUAUGUUAUCCGAUUAAUCAAUUUCUCAAUGUUUAUUAAUAUGUUUAAAUGUUAUUAAUUUCUCAAUGUUUAUUCACAAAACACACGGUUCUUUGGAUCUAAUUCUUCUGAACUUUUAUUACAAUCUUUGUUUCUUUUUACGAAUACGCUUCGCUAUCGAAAACAUACAGAGAAUGGUGCAACACACUGUCAACAAUAAUUUUAUUGGAGAAGCUACGUUUUAACUUUCAAUUUUACUGUUUUAGACAUUUUUAUUAGGAUCUUCGUUUCUUUCUAUACUUACACUAUACGUAGAUCAGCCUCAACUGUAGUUUGAUUAGAAAAUUAGAAAGCUUCAUUAGUUUUGAUUCAUGAAAACACACAGUUUCUGUCUGAAACUAAUUUUCUAAAUUUUUAUUAUAAUAUACAAAAUCCAAAACAUCCGAGGAGGUUGCACGCACGUGGAAUUAUAAUUAGAAAAUUAAAACUAAAUUCCAUCCAUGAAAAUACACAAUUCCUGCCUCUGUCUAAUUAAACAAUUUUUUAAAUUGUAAAUAUUUUUACUACAAUCUCUGCUUUUUCUCGCACGUUGAUAUGGAAAACUAUCAAGAACGUUGCAUCGCACGUGGAAUUAUAAUUAGAAAAUUAGAACUAAAUUUCAUCCAUGAAAAUACACAAUUCCUGCCUCUGUCUAAUUAAACAAUUUUUUAAAUUGUAAAUAUUUUUACUACAAUCUUUGCUUUUCUCGCACGUUGAUAUGGAAAACUAUCAAGAACGUUGCACCGCACGUGGAAUUAUAAUUAGAAAAUUUAAACUAAAUUUCAUCCAUAAAAAUACACAAUUC